AAAUAUUCUCUCAUCAAAAUCUUCUUGUUGUUACUCUUUUCUAUCUUUGCGCCUUUGAGGGAGAGAACGAAGAUGAAGGCACCGAACAUGGAGACGGUAACGAAAUAUCUGGAGAAUAUUUCUCUCAAUGAUCGGAGAAGAAGAGUCGGAGAUAGGCUUGGAAGAUCGUCGUCGAGGACAGAAGAGAGAAGCAAUGAACACAUACAUCCCAUCUCAGAUAGAACACUGGAGCUCAAUUCUCACUUAUCUCUUCCUUCUCACUGGGAACAGUGUCUUGAUCUCAAGACCGGUGAGAUUUACUACAUAAACUGGAAAAAUGGAAUGAGAGUGAAAGAGGAUCCAAGGAAAGUGAUGAUGAAGGCAGAUAAUGACAGUGCAGAAUCAUAUGGAACCUUGUGCUCAGAAGAAGAUAGCUCGUAUUACGAUAGUGAGGAGUCUUCAUCAGCAUCAUCUCCAUCAUCAAGAGAGAAUCAAAAAGAGGAUGAGGAUGAAGAUGAUGAAGUCGAAGAAGAGGAAGAUGAAGAAGAAGAUGUGCUUGUGGUUGCUGGAUGUAAAGCUUGUUUCAUGUACUUCAUGGUCCCUAAGCUUGUCGAGGACUGUCCCAAAUGUGCUGCACAGCUUCUUCACUUUGAUCGACCUCAUUAUGCUUCUUCUUAAAACAUCUCUCUUUGUUUCCACGUUUUUCUUUCGUUUUUUUUCUUAUGAGAAUUUAUUUUGGUUUUCUAUUUUUUUUCUUUAAUCUUCUAUUUGUCAUAAUUUAGUGAUUUCUCUUUCAAGUGGGUAUCUAACAACAAGUUUCAAUGGCAA